GGAGGAUUUUUCUAGAAGCUCCAUUAACGAGCAGCUGCUGUGCUCCAGGUUCGACAUGGCGGCCUGUGCUGUUCAGCUGAUUGAUAAACGGCCGAGGAAGAAGUUUGAGAAGAAGGAAGCGCCCAUGGUGCCUGUAGUGAAGGAGCCACAGGCCAAACACCCCCUACAGAACCGGUGGGCCCUGUGGUUCUACAAGAAUGAUAAGAGCAAAAUGUGGCAAGAUAAUCUUCGACUCAUCACCAAGUUUGACACUGCUGAAGACUUCUGGGCGUUGUACAACAACAUUCAGCCAGCCAGCAAACUCUCAUCAGGAUGCGACUAUUCUGUGUUCAAGGAUGGUAUUGAGCCCAUGUGGGAGGACAGGAGCAAUAAGUGCGGUGGCCGCUGGCUAAUCACUCUCUCCAAACAGCAGAGACACUCUGAGCUGGACCGCUUCUGGCUGGAAACGCUGCUGUGUCUCAUUGGCGAGGGCUUCGGCUCCUACAGUAGGGACGUCUGCGGAGCGGUCAUCAACGUCCGUGCCAAGGGGGACAAAAUCGCCAUCUGGACCACCAACACUGAGAACGCUGAGGCUGUAACUUACAUUGGUCGGAAGUAUAAAGAGACUCUCGGCCUCCCAGCAAAACUUGUGAUUGGCUAUCAGGCUCAUGCGGACACGGCCACCAAGAGCAACUCCAUCACCAAGAACAAGUUUGUUGUUUGAACAGGAAGGUGGUUUAUGGGUCGUGGCGUUUGUCUUUGUCUCCUUGUUCCCAGUGAAUGCUGGGAGAACCUUCAGAAGGAAAUUUGGAAUUCUUUGAAGCACUUGUGGAAAUGAUUGCCAAAGGUUUGGUGGAAAGCGAUGCAGACAAGCAUGCACUUGAUCUCCGAGACCUUGUGG